AUGAAUAGAAUGUUAAAAGAAAAAAAGCUGUUAAUAUCACAAAUGAGAAGUUAUCGAUAUCAUGCUACACCAUUUAAUACACUGUUUGAUAAUAAUGAAUCUUUUAUGAUCUGCGAUGAUGAUAAUUAUGAAAAAAAAGAACCUACUAGUGAAGAAGUAAAAGAUGUUGAGUUUCUGGAAGAAGAAUCAUUUAAAAUUGAAGAGUUGUUAAAUCUUGACGUAGCUAAUUUUACAAAUGAUUUAGAUAAAGUAAUUCUUGAUAUUGGGUUUGAGUCUUCUAAAGAGGAAGAUAGUAAUAUUCAAAAUUAUGAUGCUGAGAAUGAUGCUGACAAGGAUAAUUGGGAUCCUGAAAAAGAGAUUAACAUGAUGUUAGAUUAA